GUUCACUCACGCAGGGAUAAUCGAUGUAAAGGUCUUUGAAUGCUUGAAGUGUAAUUUUCGAUGAGUCAUGAGAUAUGAGUACAUUAUGCAGAACGACGACCUAGAAGAUAUUUGAAGCUUUUCAUGGAAUGCAGAAACAUGGAAUCAAACUCCAUCAAUUAAAAAACCAGUCUCUCUCUCUCUCUCUUCUCCGCCACUUUUUUCUCAGCGAUGUUCUCUCAGAUGAGACUUUCAUCUUCCCUCUGCAAACAUGUCAAGAAAUGGACUUCGUUUAUGGGGAUGAGCAGAGCUUACACCACAGAGGGCUCUCGUCCCACCUUAGUCCACAAGCGCAGUCUCGAUAUCCUUCACGAUCCAUGGUUCAACAAGGGAACAGCAUUCUCCAUGACUGAGCGUGAUCGCCUUGAUCUUCGUGGCCUUCUCCCACCAAAUGUUAUGAGCAGCCAACAACAAAUUGAACGAUUCAUGGUUGACUUGAAAAGGCUGGAAGUGAAUGCACGAGAUGGACCUUCUGACACAAUUUCUCUGGCUAAGUGGCGUAUUCUCAAUAGGUUGCAUGACAGGAAUGAAACAAUGUAUUACAAGGUUUUGAUUGAAAAUAUUGAGGAGUAUGCCCCAAUAGUAUACACUCCAACUGUUGGGCUUGUAUGUCAAAAUUAUAGUGGCUUAUUUAGAAGACCAAGGGGGAUGUAUUUUAGUGCUGCUGAUCGUGGGGAAAUGAUGUCAAUGGUUUAUAACUGGCCAGCUGAGCAGGUUGAUAUGAUCGUGGUAACAGAUGGGAGUAGAAUUUUGGGUCUUGGAGAUCUUGGGGUGCAAGGAAUUGGUAUCGCAAUUGGGAAGUUGGAUUUAUAUGUUGCUGCUGCUGGCAUAAAUCCCCAAAGGGUUCUUCCCGUGAUGAUUGAUGUUGGAACAAACAAUGAGAAACUUCUCCACGAUCCACUCUACCUAGGACUGCAAGAACACCGUCUUGAUGGUGACGAGUACUUAUCUGUUAUUGAUGAAUUUAUGGAAGCUGUUUUUACACGGUGGCCACAUGCCAUUGUACAGUUUGAAGAUUUUCAAAGCAAAUGGGCAUUCAAAUUAUUGCAACGCUACAGGAAUUCUUAUCGGAUGUUCAAUGAUGAUGUUCAGGGGACAGCCGGAGUUGCAAUUGCAGGUCUUUUAGGAGCUGUAAGAGCACAAGGAAGACCAAUGAUUGACUUCCCAAAGCAAAAAAUUGUUGUUGCUGGUGCUGGGAGUGCAGGAAUAGGCGUCCUCAAUGCUGCUAGGAAGACGAUGGCUAGGAUGUUAGAUGAUACAGAUAUUGCCUUUGAAAGUGCUAGGAGUCAGUUCUGGGUGGUUGAUGCAAAGGGACUCAUUACUGAGGAGAGAGAAAAUAUAGAUCCUGAUGCACUGCCAUUUGCUAGAAAGCUCAAGGAAGUGAGCCACCAAGGUUUGAGAGAGGGUGCAAGUAUCGCAGAAGUGGUUAGAAUAGUUAAACCAGAUGUCCUUCUCGGAUUAUCAGCAGUGGGAGGUCUUUUCUCUGAAGAGGUGUUGGAAUCCCUUAAGGGUUCAACUUCCACCAGACCGGCUAUUUUUGCGAUGUCAAAUCCCACAAAAAAUGCUGAAUGCACCCCGGAACAAGCUUUCUCUAUCGUGGGUGACCAUAUUAUAUUUGCAAGUGGAAGCCCAUUCCAUGACGUGAAUCUUGGAAACGGUGAGAUUGGACACUGUAACCAAGGCAAUAACAUGUAUCUCUUUCCGGGGAUUGGCCUUGGAACUCUUCUCUCUGGUGCUCGGGUGAUUUCAGAUGGCAUGCUACAAGCUGCAGCAGAAUGCCUAGCUGCAUAUAUGAAGGAUGAGGAAGUGCUGAAAGGGAUCAUAUAUCCUUCUAUAUCCAGCAUACGUGACAUAACCAAGGAAGUAGCUGCAGCUGUGUUGAGAGAAGCUGUAGAAGAGGAUCUUGCUGAGGGUUACCGUGACACGGAUGCUCGGGAGUUGCAACGAAUGUCAAAGGAUGAAACUGUAAGAUAUGUGCAAAGCAUGAUGUGGAAUCCGGUCUACCCUACCAUGGUAUUCAAGAAAUCAUGAAAAGAAGAGGAAUGGCAUGCCAUUAUUCAAAUUCUGCUCGUUGUUGGUGGCAUCAUCCUGCAGAUUUUUACGUGUAAUCGUGUGUAAUCUUGUAAUGGUUGACUUUUACAUUAUUGUAAGGAAUGAAAUUCUUGAUUUUUGUAUUAUUAUCAUAAGUGAUAUAAUCAUUUCAUUAGAAUUA